AUGGAUUGUUUCCUCCGUAUACCAAGGAGAAAUGUCAUCCAGCCAAAUGUAAUAAUCGAUUAUAUUAAUCCUAACUAUCCCAACCUUGGGGAAACUUCGCAGCCUGUCGCUGGCGAUCGCUCCUUUGGAAGCGCCGUUCAACCGCUCGCUGGUGGCAGUGCGUGCUGCUCAAACAAGACAAACACGCCAAACACGCCAAACAUCCAACCCUACAGCCAGAUAAAACCGAACGAACGUGAACGACACGACAUCCGCUAUAGCAAAGCAGAUGCAACAGUAUCCAAGCCAUAUCCAGACGUUAUCCCUUUGCAUUUACAGCCCGGGCUUCAGGCAACCCUCGUCCAUUUAUUUUGA